AUGGGUCUUUGUAUAACAAAACCAAUUACAAAAAAACCUAAAUCUCUCAUUCGUCUUAUCAAAGUUGAAAAUGAGAAUUAAAAUUCAAAACCUACUACUUUGCCUGAUCUUUAUUAAAAGAUACUAUAAUUAUGGGUGAUGGUCGAAAAGAAAUUGAAUAAAUUAGUACAUUGUGAUCGAACUCAUAAUAUCUUAGAAUUAAAGAAACAGAUACAAAACAUUUUGAAUAAACAAAAAAAUAAUGUUGCUAUUUCUGAAAUAACAAUAGGAAUUAUUGUUAAUCGUAUGGAAAAGAUAGCCUUUGGGAUUGAAGAAUUAAUAAGAGAAGAGUUAUUAAAUGAAGAAAUUGCUAAUAAAUUCAAACAAUUCUAUACUUAAAUUCUUGAACUUUCUCUAGAAUACCAUAAUUGGAAGAAUAUCUAAAAUACAGAUAAGACACAAGUAUAAAGUUUUAUUUGA